UACAAAAAAUAAAAGAGAAACAAAUUCUGGCAGAAAGAACCUUUAAGUUUCAUGGCCCUAAUUAACAUUGCUCAUUAGUCAUGCAAAAUUCCACCAGUAAAGACAAUCUUUUCAUAAUUAUUUUUAGUUCUGGUAAAAAAGAAAAAUCGGCAACACCAUUUUGUAGCCCUAGUUCAAAAGAUAAACAAGAGUUUUUUUCGUGGUGUCAGAACCAGCACAAAAGCGAAAUUUGCUGAUUUUGAGAUUGUGGGUGAGGCUCUCAGCGUUUAGAAAAGGACAACUGGGUCGUUGGGCGCCCACGACUUAUGGAUUUUAGCUUGGAGCAGUACCUAAGCCGCCGCGAAAGGGGGUUCCCCCACAAAGGCGACGAAAACUAUGUAAUGCGGCGGAUCUACAGUUCGGUGGGCAUGUUCAAUAGCUACCAUGCCAACUGCAGUCCUUUGGAGGCCGGCUGGACGGGAGCUAUUUUCAACUUGGAGUUCAAUGCGCAUGGAAACGUAGUGGUGGCAGCGACCGAGCGCAAGUGCGUCCUCGUCUUUGACGCUGUCACCCAGCAAGAGAUCUUCAAGGUCCCUGACGCACACAUGGACAGCGUUAACUGCAUUAAAUUUUUCGACGAGCGCCUGUUCGCCACCGGAUCGGAUGACUACACAGUGGCCCUAUGGGAUCUGCGAAACAUGAAGCAGAAGAUGCGUGUCCUACACGGCCACUCCAACUGGGUUAAGAACAUCGAGUACUCCUCUAAGGAUAAGCUGCUCGUCAGCUCUGGCUUCGACGGUAGCAUCUUCACCUGGGACAUCAAUUCGCAAACGGAGCAGGGCCUUAUCUCGCACCGGGUAUUCCACGCCAGUGGCCUGAUGCGUUGUCGGAUUUCCCCAGCAGGGGACAAGCUAGUCCUCUGCACCAGUGGCGGUUACAUUAUGAUAAUACACCAUCUGGACCUCACCACUUUACACAACGAUCUCUGUGGCUUUCGACCCGGAAUUUACCGCCUGAUGCAGCUUGGCGAACAAUACAUCCCACAGGCAGCCAAGUACGACCACGUAUUCUCCAAGAAGCAGAAGAAGAACCGCGUUGAACUAGUUACUGAUUUCCCUGAGCACAAUGACGCCGAGAUGAUAAUGGCAUUGCAGAUCCAUCCCCAUUGCCGUUGCAUGCUGACCCGCAACGUCAGCUGUGACGAGCAGAGCGAGUGGACCUGUAUCCACGACAUCAACGAGGAGCCGGUGCCCAGUGACGACGAGCAGCGAGCAGAAGAGCCAAAUCCCAAGAGAAAGUGCGGGACCACACCAAAUAAUCCUCGGAGCAGCAGUGCAAGUAGAAGUAUCACACCAAAUUAUCUAUCCUCCACCCAGGACCAUGAAGUAGUUGGUCCGGCUGCAAGGCAGCCAAGAAGGUCCCUCCAAAUCGACAGCUUGCAAAUGGACAGCUUGCAAGUUUUCCAUUUAGACAACGCCGGAUCGGGCCGCUUUGAAAGGGGCGGACCCAUAGCCCCCGCCCAAAGACCAGACACAUUCAUUCCCGACAUCUGGGCGGCGGAGGUGACCGUGCAGGAGCGGGCUAUACGACAGAACCGUGCACGGAACUCCAGCAAUCAUGUGGGCGGCUAUAAUUUCGUGUACGCUAUUAGCAGCGGAGUACUGCCGCUGAGACCUUCGGGGAAUGGUCGCCAGCAUCCGAAUCAACCCGCUGGCGAAGUGCCUGCCCCAAACAGCAACGGCAGUAGCUCGAGCAGCAGCAGCAGCAGCAGUAGUAGUAGCAGCACAAGCAGUGGCGAUACCCCCAUUCGGUUAGAGAUCGGUCAGCGUGUGCGACUGCGGCCUUUGAUCGGUGGUGCGAUGGGGUCGGCGUCCAAGGAGAACGGUCACUCCAUACCUAUGAAUGCUAAGAAACUGCUGUACUAUGCUGCCGAGACCAAUACCAAAUCGGGUUUCAUCAAGGAGCCUGGAUUUUCGUCGGACGGGAGGAUUAUCUGCUCCCCCUACGGCAAUGGAGUAAGACUAUUGGGCUAUAGUGCCGAUUGCUGCGACUAUCCGAGGUAUCAGAUGUUCGACGAAGUAAAGCGCCAGCCAAGGCAGCUGGUGGAACUGGCUAAGAUUACAGAACACCAAGAUGUUGUCCUAUGUGCCAAAUUCAGUCCCAAGGAGCCACUGCUUGUGACCGGCUGCAAGCGAGGUGAGGUGACGUGGUAUCGACCAUAUCUCUAGGCUUUGCUGAAGUCUAGAGUCGCAAUUGUACAUUUUACUUUCAGUUUAGGCGUAAUUUGACUUCCCUUAAUUAGCUCUUGGCGAAAUAUAUGCACGCAAGAUUAUGGUGAACCGAUUAA